AUGUCGUCCGCGGCCUCAACGAGCGUCGUGGAUGGCGGCGCCACCACCGGCGGCGCGGCCGAGACUGGCCGGCUGCUGGACGGGUUUCUGGUGUUAGCGAGUGGUGGCUUCGGCCUUCCGGACGACGCAGUAGUGGCGAACCUGUCCUCGCUAUCGUACGAAAAAAGUGUUUCACUGUUAUGUAUGAUUUUGCUAGAUCUGCAUCACAAGUUUGUUACACAUGACACUGAAAGUCUGUCAUGCGCGCUUCCCAAGGGAAAACACGCUUGAAAAUCCAAGGCGUUGCAGGUGUAGCAAGACAAAUAGUUCUGUGUUCCAUUUUCUGCAUCACAAAUUCACAGUGAAGCAGUUUUUUCUUGCGAUACUCGCUAGACAUUGUGGAGGUUUCGGACGACAUGCGUUUUUUUCCCAACCUGGACAGUAUGGACCUGUCGGACAACAAACUCAAUUACCGGGAUAUCAAAAUGGAAAAGGCCCCGCUCCCCUAAAUUGCAAAAAUUUGUGAUGCGAAGUUUGCAAAUGAAAACUUUUUGUCAUGCAUGAAAGGAGUGCGAAUCUUUCUGAUGCAGAAUGUAGGCGUGUAUCGCAUCGCUUGCAUGACAAGCGCCGCUCUUGCUGGGGUCUUUUGCAAUACAAAUUUUUGCUAUUCAUGAUUGAAAACCUGUGAGGCUGAUAGAUGCAAGAAGGCGAAUGUUUCAUUUGGAAAGGUUUGCAACACAAAUGCUCCCAAGUUCGGGGGUGGGUGCGUUUUUCAUUGUAAUACGGGAUAUCAAAAUGGAAAAGGCCCCGCAUCCCGAGGUUUCAAAUGGCCGCGUUGCCAAGUUUCCAGGAGGGAAGUUUUUGCAUAAGAAAAAGGAUUACGAAUUGCUGAUCCGGAUUCAAGACGUGCAAAGCAUCAAUCUUGCACAUGACGAGCCCUGCCGUUUCCGGGCCCUUCCACAAAUACAUAGUAAAUUAUUGCCACUCUGUAGUAUCAAACAAAAAUUUGCGCUGCUACAAUCUGCAAGAGAGAUGAAGAGGGGGGUUUUUACACCAGGGGGAAAGUUUGCACUACAAAUGAUGUUUUCAGGUGCUCCCUAGCUGCGUGGACCCUCGCUAAUCCUGACUCGGUAGCGGAGCAGUCUGUUUAGCAUGUAUAAGAAAGGAUGUCAAAAUUCUAGCGCGGUUGGGGUGUUUUUCAAUACGAUACGGAAGGUGCUGGAACAUUUGUUUGUUACGCCCCGGCUCACGACGCUGAACCUCUCCUGCAACCAUAUCAGCAGACUGAACUGGUACGAUUUAAUUCCUCGUUACAGGGAAAUACUAAAGUUUGUGCUUGUAUUGGAAACUUUGAGGAAGUGACUACUGUAUCAAAUUUUUUGUCUUCGUUUGCAAUUGAGUAAAAAAGAAGACGAGUAUCGCAAAACGAAACUGUAUUUGCAGCCGCCGGAACCCGCUCUCCAGCCAUAUUUCGUCUUUCGACACGCUGGCCUCGCUGGAUUUGAGCUACAACGAGCUGCACGGUGACGUGUUGAUUGCGCUGGCCUGUCUGCCACAGCUGGAGAAGCUCAACCUCACGGCCAACUGCAUUUCUAGUAAGCCCUACACCUCGCCCUCUUAGCAUUUUUAUUCAGCAAUUCAGCUUGUGUAGAAGUACUCCGAAGCUCAAUUGUUUCCAAUUCAAUUUAAUGCUCUCCAACUCCAACAUUGCGGCCAGGGCCAGGGCCAUCUUUAUUUUCUUUCCCGUUGUAGAUGUAGUGCACUCAACGUCAACAGGCGGGCUUUGUCUGGGUCCGUGUUCGGCUCGAUGUGGCUUUCGCUUGCUACAAGAACUGCUACCACAGCAUUUGUAGGAACGAAAGAAGAGUGCCACCUGUCGCUCAGGAAGAGAAAAACUGGCUUUGAAGUCGGUUAGGGUUACUGUCGCACAGCUGACUGGUGAUUUAUUAUAUCGAUUUACGAAAGGCAUUCCUCCGGAAGAGAGCUUGGAUGGUUUUCCGAAACUUUCUUCCUAUUGUAAGGGAAAAUCCCCCCUCUCCAUAUCGAAAAGGUAAGCACGCCUCAGAAAAUUUGCGAUGCUGAUUUGUGGCCACAUUGCAAGAAGGCAACUCCACAAGAUCCGCCGCAUGAUGCAGGCGGUUUGUGAUGGAUGCAGGCGGUUGGUGAUGCUUCUGGGCCUAAAGCAUAGACAUUUGCCAUGCCAGACGCCUACGCCAACACUCCUCUACUCAUGCUUAGUAUGUGCCUGCAGUCCUCUACUGCAAGACAAAUCUGAUUUGUGUACACAAAUCCAGCGUGUGCGGUAUUUUGCUCGUUAAUGAUAUUCUGUAGGUCAAUGCCAUCCUCGAUUCUCACCUCCAGGGUGUUGGGUUCAUCCCUACCUCCUCCAAUGUGUAUUGGUUGAGGACUGUCCGCUUCAUUCUACGUGCCAGCAGCCAUGGUAUCCACAAAUCCAGCGUCAGAAACUUCGUUUUGAUAUGGGGGAGGGGGGAUCUCUCUUUCCUUUUGAUACUUCGCUUGUGCUCGACAGCAACGACUUGGUGCAGUUCGAUCAGUGGCGAUCGCUGGACUGCUUGCGCAACCUGAAGCACUUGUCCUUGAAACAGAAUCGCAUUCGGCGGCUACGUAUCAAAUGUAAAAAUGUCUGGGUCUGGAAGAAUGCAACUUGUGAUGCUAACUUUGGACUCUAAAAAAAUCUGUAUUGCAUGACCAGCAAGAGGCGCCCAGUUUGUGCUAGGCGAGAAGGGCAUUUGUCAUGCGGGAUAGGCAUCAGGAUCAGGAAGGCCUCUUGAAAUAUGUGAUGCUAGAUCAUGCAUUACAGACAUCCUGAGUCAUGCAAGAUAUGCAUGACAAACCUGGCAACCUUCCAGACCCACACUGACAUUUUUACAUUUGAUACUACGCGAGGACGAGGAGGAGCAGCUUUUCGUGAAGCUGGAGGUGCUAGAGCUGCAGCACAACGAUUUUCAAAACACCGUUGAAGCGGUAUUGACUACGACUCACGACGACGGCACGGGUGGGCCAGGUCUCGUCGUCGGUUCCACUUCUACCACGUCGGGAGAGGGCGGGGGCACGUUUGGAUCUGCGACGCACGCACGCCGGAUCGAAGCUGAGUUUUCGCUCCUGCAGCACUUCCCCGCCCUGCGCGCCGUGCGCGUCAGUCAGCCCGGGUUCCCGAAGAAGCUGUUUCGCGGCCGCAUCACGGUCGAGACUGAGCACGUGAAAAAGUUCUACAUGACGGGAAACGGAUCGCAUGCAGCGCGGGACAAAAAGCAACAGGUCACGAAAACAAGGCGAGCGUUUCGACAAGUACGGCCUGCGCGGCUUCGGCAAAGCAGUCCCAGUACCGCGCUCGCGACAAGAAACGCGGAAGGGUGAGAUGAAGCUCCUACGUGAUCUCAAUUUUCAAUUGCGUUUGCUACAACAGGAGCGCUCUCAGGAGCACCUGCUUUGAGAGGCAACUUAGAAGAUGGAACUUUAUUCAAUCGAUGGAACCAACGUGCUCGUUCCCUUAUCUGAGUUGUAGGAGUACUUACAAUGAACUGGUUUUUUUUUUGCGAGGAAGGUGCGGUGGAACUGCCGUCAAAUGAUAUAACAAACCAGGAUAUCAAAUGUAAAAAUGUCUGGGUAUGGAAGAUUCAUGCUGUCUUUGCAUGACACAGAAGGUCUGGCAUGGAAGCUCUAGCAUCACAGGUUUCGAGAAGCCUCCGCAAUGCCGAACCCGCAUGAGAAAUCCCCCAUUUUGGUGACAGAAUUGAGCAGCUUUUGCUACCUAUGCAUGAGAGAUUUUUCUGUGUUCGAAAAUGCGCAUCACAAGUUGGAUUCUUCCAGACCCAGACAUUUUUACAUUUGAUACAGGACACAGCGAUUGGGAUCUUCGGAGGAAGAUCUGCAGAAUACUGAGAGGAAAAAUCCCCCCUCCCCAUAUUGAAAAGGCAUGUUUCCGAAAAUUUGUGUUGCUGAUUUGAGGUCACAAAUCGCAUUUGUUUUGCAAGACGACAAGGGCAGAGGCUUCCGCCCCAUUAUGGAGGCGAUUUGUCAUGCUGUUGGGCCUAGGGGACACCCGUUUGCAAUGCUAAGCAACUAGACCCAUACGCCCCGACCUAUGCCGAGGAUCUGGCUGCGAUGCCUUACUGCAAGACAAAUCCGAUUUGUGUACCCAAAUCCUGCAUCACAGAUUUCCAUUUCGAUAUGGGGAGGGGGGAUUUUUCCUUUUGAUACAGAAGGCACUGUAUACGGACACACUGACAAGAGUUAACGAGCGAACAGAACGAAUGGCCGCGGUAGAUGACGUUGCUUGAGUCAUUAAUACUUGCCCUGUGUACCUGCGUUUUUUUCUUAUUUUUCUUGAGAGACUUACCAGUAGCGGCGACGCCGAGCCGAUUGCGAAAUCAUCAUCAUCGUAACAGAACAAAAAAGAAACUGGCAGUUCGCUUAUGAAGUCGAUUUGUGCAGGUGCGGCAUUGUUGAUAUCGAGUUCCAUGUCGAUAGGUACAGCUAGUGCAAUGAAUGCAGCUGCACACUAGCAGCUGCUGCAACGUCCGCGGCACUACGUACUUACACUCGCCGAAGGGCGACUCGUUUUUGAAUAAGCGUUCACGGUAGCAAUAUUCGACACUCUGCAGCUUCCGAAUGGUAAAACAGGAAUCCUCCAGCCCUCCAGGGGCAAAGAAGAAACUGAUAGUGCAACCAGUGGACUUGAUAUGGAGAGAAAAAAGUUUGCCACAGUCACUACCUUGCAGGUUUUGCAUUACAAUUUUUUUAGCAUCACAGCGCUUCCUUGUAUUGCAGAAACACUAGAGCAAUCCCUUAUGGAGUUUGGCUGUGGUGCAGUUUGUACGCAUAACAGUAUUGCAAGAAUGCGCAUGGGUGAUCGUGACAAACUUUUUUCGUUUGAUACUUGAUCGGAAAGUACCUGGAUGACGACACCAUGGACGAGAUCUUCGCGCGACGACGCCUAAGCAGGGGAAAAAACUGACUCCCCGUCGCUCUUGUUGCAUGGUGACACAGCAACUAGCAAGUAUGAUGAUGACGUUUCUGAGUUUUUCUACAUUAAUAAGAUGAAUAAAAGUCGAAAAUGAGGUCAUCAUUUACAUGUUCAUUUGAUCACACGACAGCGCAACAAGUAGAACGUGGGAAAGUUAUCAGAGUUCAGUGGCACAAUCGGCGUCAUGCUGCGCCUCUUAGAGUGAUUGCAAUCUGAUGUCUGAGUCACAGUAAUCGGAGACUGUCUAGUGUUUUUUCCUGUGGAUGGCGCAAGCAGAUCGAUCAGCUCGUAGAGCAGCGGCUACAGCAGGAACAGCAGCAGGGUGGCGGGCCUACUAGCUUUUUGCAGGCGAUUCCCUUCGCGCUUUCCUCGGACUCGCAGUCAAUGCUUUCGCAGGCGGCUAAGGAAAGCAGCACCUUUGUCACGCAGCAGGCGGAUCACGACGGAAGUCAGAAUUUGGAUUACUUUGCGCGCUAUCGCGAGGAGGAAAUUUUGGAAACACCGCGAACCCCCGUGGAGGUACGGCAGCAGAACCGGACGCGACGAAAGAACGCACAGUCGAUGUAUCACGGCGAAGGUGCUGGUCCGCCGGUCGCGGGUGCGGUUGAUAUACCGAUCGACAUCAGGCGAUCGCUAUCUUGUGCGGAUGGGUCAGGGUCAGAGAAGCUGCAGGCAUUUCUUUGGCGCCGUGCUGUUCUGCAUUUGGCAUGUUGCUUGGCAGUACGAACGCGUCAGCGUCGUGCCAUUUGUGCUGUGCGAGGCGUCGCGAGAGGUUGAACAUUUUAAGUAUGUGGCAGGCGCAGUGGUCUUUGAUGUGCAGUCUUUGUUACGUAGAGGAACGAGGAUGCGAAUGCGCUGCAGCAUCUGCUCCCCUGACAUUUUUCCAACGGAGAUUCCCUGGAAGCGCUCAAGGAUGCUAUGUUCAAGGAGGAGCCACCCAGCCACGACUUCUAAUAGAAGAUUAUAAUCCGAGAAGUUGUAUCACAAAACAUAACGAUCUAACCGUCUACUACUGUUGUUUCUUGCCCGGAGCGAUAAUUUUGCGCAGCACCUACCAGUUUUGAACAAUUGCUUCAUCUUGCAUUGAAUCAGGUACGGGAGGCAAACAAAAAUUGGUGGUAUCAUGUUUCCCCACACGAUAAGAUAUGAUGACAAAAAA